UGGGAGAGGGUGUUUUUUGACGGACAGUUCCUCUAUAAUUGUAAACCGUGUAACUGUUAUCAAUUUUAUGCGGCUGUAAACUUGGCUACGUCUUUGAGGAAGUGAGAACUAAACCGUAAUAAUGGCGUAUAGUCAAAGUGUGAAUGAAGAGAUAUCUGCUGUCUUGAAUGAGCUGUGGAAGCUGGAUACUAACCGUCUUAAGCCUGGGAAGGAUUACGCCAUCUCAACACAGGGAAGAGCAGGCUAUGUGGCACACGGGAGUAACCAGGCCAGGGACAGUGCAAGGGAUCCACUGUUCUCAUACGUAGAUGAGGACAAGCUGAGGACCAUUGAGACUUAUGCUCACUUCAUCAAUCUCCUCGACAACUAUGAGAUGUCCACUGGUGUAUCAGAGACUGUCACAUCACAGGAAAUGAUGGAGAACCAUCUCUUUCUGGAUGCUGUCCUUCAAACUGAGGUCAUGAAGUCUGUCCACAGAUACUUGGUCAAGAAGGGACAAGCUUCUUCAGAUGCAGUGCAGUUCAAGAAACAGCUGUUUGACAUUUGGUUUCGCCUCUACCAUCGAGACAGAAGUGGCGGGCAGGAUUCCUGCGGUUUUGAGCAUGUGUUUGUCGGAGAGACCAAGCACGGGAAGGAGAUCAUGGGUCUGCAUAACUGGGUCCAGUUUUACUUGCAGGAAAAACACGGCCAUGUUGAUUACAAGGGCUACAAAGCCAGGGGCAAUAAGGACACACCUGAUGAGGACGAUCAUGUCCUGAACCUGCAGUUCAGCUGGAAGGGCCUGGUCAAGCCUGUGGGCAGCUCCUUCAUUGGGGUCAGUCCUGAAUUUGAGGUGGCUCUCUACACGUUGGUCUUCCUCAUGUCCAAUGAGAGGGUCACCAAAGUGGUGGUGAAGGUGGAUGAGUACCUACUAGAGGUGGUCGUGUGCAGAUAUGGGUACUCUAUUGGGACAUCCUAUCCCAAGAUGCUUAGCAGCAAUGACAGGGAUUAGCAUCCCUCAGUUUAGGGCCCAUCCACAAAUAUUGUUUUCGAAACAUUUCAUUUUCUUGUGGAUUCACCCUACAAGUUUUCAAGUACACCGUUUUCAAGUACAAGUGAAAACAACUACAUCAUUUGCAGAUGUAAUAAUAAGUAACAUAGGGCAACUGAGCUUGAUACUGAGUGUAGAAAUGCACAGGAGAAAUAUUAUUAUGUGGCAGAUAUUUUGUUCGUUUGUUUAAACUUGCAUUUUAUGCCUGAAUUUACAGGCUCUCUAACAUACAUGAAAUACACAUUAUUAUAACCACCUCUGAAGAGCAGAACAGUGUCUCAGCUAAAAUCAAGGGGCAUUUUCAGUACUGAUAUGCAAACAUUUGGCUUGGAAAUUUGAAUCGGGCUUGGUAGGCUUUAUUAUCUUGGAAACACUAUGCAGUGGUCAUAAUAUGUGCCACUCUAUGUAAGGGAUAAUGGAUGACACAGUGCUUAGAUACCCAAAUCCCUUGGCAUGGUAUAAAAGAAUUGCACCUUACCAGCUUGUAACCUUAUGUAAGAAAUUACCAGAUUAGUUGAUAAUUUUGUACUGUUGAUACAACUGUACCUUUUGUACUUAAAGUAUUACAUUUAUACCAUUACAAUGUUAUUUAUCUUUCUUAGUCAACAUUUAAUUAGCAUCUACAUUAUUUGAUAAGUGACUUUGUUUAUUUUUUUGUUAUUGAAGUUCAUAAUUUGUUUGUGUUAAUGCAUGUUCAUAAAACUGGAAACAUCUUAUUGACAAGAUUAUCCCUCAAACGAGAUGAAGUCUAAAAGGAAAAAUGUGCCAUAAUCUUUGCAGUGAAAUAGCCUCCUGGCUUAAAUAUCUCCUCGCUUAUUUUGAUGUGUUCAAAUGGUGUUCAAUAAAGUGUUAAUGUACAA